AAAAAAAAGGAUAAUUUACCCAACUUGAAAUUGCUCAAUUGUCGCGCAGCCGCUCGCUGACGCCGCCGGAAGGAGUCGCAUCGUGGCGCGACGUAAAGAUGGUGAAAGCCCGCAGAGGAUGGUACUUGGUGGACACGAAGGUAGACCAGGAUGACAGGAAGCUAAGGGACGAGAGGGAGGCUGCAUUGGAGGCGAGACGGGCGUCGAUGGUGAAGCGAUGCGACAAGAAAAUCGCGCGACGUCGCACGCAGGCCGAGCAACGGGAAGCCCUUUUGACGGAGGAACGGUCUCGGGCCGGGGCAGCUGCGGAAGCGAAGCAAGAAGAGAUUGAAUUGGCGCACAGGCUGGCCGCCGAGCUGUCGCGGCGAAAGAGAAACGAAGAAAUAAACCGUGCGCUAAAACCGACUCGAGUGAAAUCAUCCGCGCGAUCGCCACCGAUUUGUGCUCUGAAUGAAGCCCGAACGCGUCUAAUAGAAGAGAAAGUUCGUCUGGAAGCGAGUCAAGCGGAACUAUUGAGGCUCUGGCGCGAAGAUAAAACCAAUGAGAAACUACAACAGGCCGAAGAUGAAGGGAAGAAGCGAAGCUCGCGUGACGCUCUGCAGAAUCAAUUGGCGGAUAAUCGUCGACGGAUUCGACAGAGAAGAACCGAGGAGAAGGAGCAGGAUCGUAAGACGGUGGAGCGAGCGAUGCGGAAGACUCAGGAAGAUGAUGCAAAGUUGAGGAAAAAGAAGGAAGACGAUGCGGUUCUUCUGAGAGCAGAGAUGGUCGCGUCUUUGGCGGCUAAGAACGCCUGGGAGAGGAAAUAUAAGGAAGCGUUGAGGGAAGAAGACGAGAGGAUUGCUCGCAUAAUUGCGGAGAAGGAAGCCCGGCAAGAGAGAGAGCUCGGUGCGAAGACGAGGCUUCGCGCGGCGAGGGAAACGGCGAUAGAUAAUGUAGCUAGAGAACUGCUGGCUAACGUGUGCAAAGAGAGAAAGAAGCAGGAGAUCGCCGACGAAUGGUAUCGGGAAGAACAGAGGAGCAAGUGGACGAAAGAAUCGGUCAAGCCUGCAUCGAGAAAAUGUGCUGAAUCCUUCCAAGAAAUAAUGAAACAAAAAGCUGAACGUAAAGCGAGAGAUGAAGCGAUCGAUGCCGCAUUUGCGCAAUAUUUAGCCGAAGAACGAAAGAAAAGUAUCGAAAAAGAAAGAGAAGACAAGAACGCACGACACGCGAGAAAAAUCCAAUAUGGAGAAGAAUUAAAGGAAGCUAUAACAAAUAACAGAGUUACUUACGUUGUGGAUAUUUUGCGACGGCAAUCUGAAAUUGGUUUGCAUGAUAAAAAUUCGAAUCAGUUGAGUACAACGAGCGUGAAACAGUUCAAAGAUAAAAAUGAAAAUAACAGGAUUGCAAAAAUACAGAUGUUUGAUGCAGGCAUUAGAGGCUUUGCUGAAUGAUACAAAUUUGCAAUCGAUAGAUUUGACAUCAAUAAGAUUCCCUAAAAAUCUGCGUCACAAAUGAAAUGUAUGAGAUUAACAAACAAAAAAUUCCAGUAGAAAAUUGUACAAAUACAUAACAAUACAAUCAAUAAUAUAUACAUAUGUAAAUACCUAAAAGGUAAAAAACAGAAUUGAUUUACAAUUUAAUUAAAUGUCUCGCCCAAUGUUGUCCAAUCUGUAGGAGUUAAAAAUCUGCUA